UCGGCUGGCGAGGACUGGGGCGGGCGUGCAGGCCGCGAGGACCGCGUGCGAUUGGCCAGCACCGGGACGGCGUCCCCGGCGCCGGGUCCCGAGUCGCGGUGGGCUAUGGCUUCUGGCGGCUGGCGCUGGCUGCGCGGACUGCGGGCCGUGGGGCAGCCCCUGUUCCGAGGCCGUGCGCUGCUCGUCACCAACACGCUGGGCUGUGGUGUUCUCAUGGCGGUCGGGGACGGCGUGCGCCAAUCCUGGGAGGUCCGCAACCGGCCUGGCCAGAAGUUCGAUCCCCGGCGCUCAGCGAGCAUGUUUGCAGUGGGCUGCAGUAUGGGUCCCUUCCUGCACUACUGGUACCUCUGGCUGGACCACCUGCUCCCAGCGUCUGGCCUCCCUGGCCUCCCAAACGUCCUCAGGAAGGUGCUCAUCGACCAGCUGGUGGCCUCUCCCACGUUAGGCGUCUGGUACUUCUUGGGCCUUGGCUGCCUGGAGGGCCAAUCGCUGGAUGAGAGCUGCCAGGAGCUGCGGGACAAGUUCUGGGAAUUCUACAAGGCCGACUGGUGCGUUUGGCCAGCUGCCCAGCUGGUGAACUUCCUCUUCGUGCCCCCCCAGUUCCGAGUCACCUACAUCAAUGGCCUGACGCUGGGCUGGGACACGUACCUCUCCUACCUGAAGUACCGGGUGAGCUCGGUGGGCAGACCAGAUACCCAGGGGUCUCCUCAGGGGCCACACGUUUGAACCCCAAAUGGCGGUGCAGCUGCGUUCUAGGGUGAGGUCCUCCUAGCCUGUGAUAAUCUACAAACUACAGCAGGUGGGUGGGGAGCUGAACCCCAGCAGGGUGAAGACCCAGCCCCUAUCUGCUGUUUGAUGUGACCUCGGGCAGGACCUGCUGCGUCUGCCCCGCAGGACUGAGCCCAGCCAGAAGACAGAUGGGUGAGGACUCUCGCUUGGUGAAGAGGAAUCCAGAGGGGUGAACGGGGUGUGUGACCAGAUCCCUCUUGCACAGACAUAUCCUGGGCCCGUCCACCCCUAGGCUGCGUGGCCCUGGGCACUGUGCAGAUUGAGCUGCCCCAGCCCUCCAGACUGGAUGCCAGACAGAGCAGGACUGACUCUGAGCAGGCCUAGCCUGGUCCUGGCCCCUCCCCAACCGCUAGGCAUCUGGCUGGGUGCCCCUUCCAGGCCUAGUAUAAGACCUGUUUCCCCACCUGGAACACAACCAUGAAGAUGGUCACCAAGGAGCCCCUCUCACCGCAGGCCCUCCGUGAACCAGUGACAGAUGUUCCCAUCCGCAGCUCUGGGCCCCAACCAGCCCGUCCCAAGCCCCAACCCCUCAACACUAUUAUGGGCUGGGCCCUGGGCCCAAGGUGGGGACAUAGCCCAUCCCCUUGGAGCAGGGCCCAGCCUGGAGUCAGCCCCCAGAAUCUGGAGCCUUGGGCAGGGCCAGGUGGCUUCCAGUCUCAUACUCAGAUCACAGACUGUGGAAAUGCUAUUAAAUUCUUUGGUCAUUGAAAAUCCUGUGGAUGACCAAGGCCACCCUGGCAGGCUGGCACUCA